GCAUUUCUCAAAAAUCUAGUCAACAAGAGUUUGUUCGCAGAUUAAAGGGACGGCGGUCUGGAGAGAAAGAGUCUAUACCCAUGCUAGCAUCAGCUUGCCCUGGUUGGGUUUGUUAUGCUGAGAAGACUCAUGGUAGCUAUAUUUUGCCCUUCAUCAGCACAACAAAAUCUCCACAGCAGAUCAUGGGUUCCCUAAUCAAAGAUCACUAUGGAAAAUCACUGGGGAAAAGACCAGAUGAAGUCUAUCAUGUGACCAUAAUGCCAUGUUAUGACAAAAAGCUUGAAGCUUCCAGAGAAGACUUUUAUAAUGAUAUAUACAGAACAAGAGAUGUGGAUUGUGUUAUUUCAACAAUUGAACUGGAGAAAAUGUUUGAAGAAAAGAGGGUGAACUUUGCUGAGCUCGAGAAUGCUGAACUGGACCAGUUGUUUUCAAGUGUUGAUCAAGAAGAACUUGUAGGCCAUUCUGGGGGUGGCUCGGGUGGCUUUCUAGAGAACAUCUUUACUUACGCUGCCAAGGAGUUGUAUGGUCAGACUGUUGACAACAUAACUUACAAGACUCUAAGAAACAAGGACUUUAAGGAAGUGACCUUGCAGGUGGAUGGUCAAGAAGUCCUUAAAUUUGCAGCAGCUUACGGUUUUCGGAAUAUCCAGAAUCUUGUUCAGAAAAUAAAGCGUGGAAAGUCUCCAUAUCAUUUUGUGGAAGUCAUGGCAUGCCCUGCGGGCUGUCUCAACGGAGGUGGUCAGAUAAGGCCUGGGGAUGGAGAAACGUCAAAAGAGCUAAUAGGCAGACUGGAUGAACUCUACAAUUCACUGAGAUCAAGAAAGCCGAGUGAAAACCCAGCGGUAGAAAAGUUAUACAAAGAGUGGCUCGGUGGAGAAUCUUCUCAAAAGGCAAAAGAGAUGCUUCACACCAACUAUCACGAGGUGGAAAAACUGAACACAGCACUGAACAUAAAGUGGUGACGCGCUCUUGACAUGAAAUGUCGUCCAAGCGGUAAAUCACAUGGGAUCAUACUGAGCCAAUCAGGACCAAGGUUAUUAGUUUGUCCAAUUAAAAGACCAACGGCUGACUUUCGUCAAUGAAUUGCUAUGCUGGUUAACCUCUGGAGGUUCGAUAAUCAAAAAUGAUUAGGUGACAUGGUGACUGUAGAAUGACGCUAUGCCAUUCAAGAUGGUCAAAUUAUACAACAAUGAGAAUCGUAAAAUGGUUUCGACACGAUUUGAGGGAACUUGGUAUCGUUUGCAAAACCUAUUUCCUCUAAUAGAAGUCAGGUUGCAUCAGCGUCGUUUUUAAAGCGGAGCCGGGGGGACUAUUUAAACGAGUGUGAAUACUCUAAAUUUAAGAAUACUUUUUAAUGUAGGAAAUGUAUUAGAAUAUCAAAAGAACGCACAUGUCACGGUUAUCUUUCGAUUUUGAAGGACUCGUAAUUGUAAUUUGGUAGUGUUUAUUUCCAUUUUGUUCAUAUCUAAACUUCUUGAACUUAACUCAACAUAUCUCUUGGAAUCUCACUCUUCGAUUCCAAUGAAAAAACAGUUCGCUUACUUUGAAUAAAGUUCCUUCAACUGCUCUAA